UCUCUCUCUCUCUCACUAGGUGUAGAGUAGGAUUAUAAUACUCAAAUGGUUAUUUUGUAUCUUAGAAUUAUAUAAAUGCUUAAAGCAAACUUGGGGGUGGAGGGAAAUAGAAAUGUAUUCUUCUGUUGUCUUUGGUGUGCUUUUAGUUAACCUGGUUGGACCGUAAGUUAACUGUGAUUAGUCAAAACAGGAAUUACCAGCAGAGAUUUAGGCAUGAAAUGCAGAGGAGUCUAUUUGCCUGGUAUAUCUUUAGGGACCUCCUGAGGACCGAAUAGAACUUCUGUUUUAGCCACUCCCACCCCCACCAGUGCUCUCCAUUUGAUACUGUAAUGCCACAUGCACCCUUACGCCUCUUGAAUAAAACUUGGCAAUUAAAUGCGACUCAAUGUCAUUUAUGAACAAAUAAACUGGAAGCGUUGGGAGCAGUUCAAUGGCAACUGCAUCUCUUAACCCAUAAAAUAAAUAAUUCAGUUAGACUCUAAAGCUGCUUACUUAUCCUUAUUUCGGACUUUUCCGUAGGUGUAAUGGGCCUUCGGGAAAAUGCCGGGUUGUUUUGUCUUACUAAACAGGGCUGAGCAUUAUCGCACAGAUUUCAAACGAUGGUAUUAGAACUCAUCCAGGCCGGGCGUGGUGCCCCUUGUCAGGCUACCCGAUUCUUCUCUUUCUGGUUCUUUGAGAGUCUGCAUACAGCUAGCAGGGACAGAGGGAAGACAGCCACCCAGCACCCUUUCUGAGACCUUUGUAGGUUUAUCUGCUGGGCCUUCUGCCGGGUGACACUUUUCUGGGCUGGGAGCUCUGGGAGCAACUGCCCGUCUCGUACCCCCCUCUCCCUGCGGGGGGGAGCAGGCCGGUGGCAGAUGGCAGACUAGACUCCCCGGGGGAAGCGCCACCUACCUCAUCUUCCUUCAUGUUUACAAUCAGCCACGAAUCUACCAGCUCAUCCAGAUGAUGUUUAAAAGGUAGAGAGAAGAACUUUUAUUUUAUGACCAUAAAUUUAACGUGUUGUUUUUUGUGAUUUUUCUUUCCCCAAUGAGAUCCACUAAAAGGAGGAAAAUUAAGACCAUCAGCCAAAGAAUCAUCUCCCACACCAUUUUUCUCUCACCAUGUCAAGGUUGCACUUAUAAUUUGGAUCUUGGAGGAGCAGAAGAGGAGAAAAGUGUGUUCCCAAAAGAGAAAAUCUUGGAAAAUGUAUACAAGUCAUGAAGAUAUUGGGUAUGAUUUUGAAGAUGACCCCAAAGAUAAGAAGACGCUUAAGCCCCAGCCAAACAUUGACAGUGGCUGGGCUUGGAUGGUGGUUCUUGCCUCCUUCUUUGUGCACAUCCUCGUCAUGGGCUCCCAGAUGGCCCUGGGAGUCCUCAACGUGGAAUGGCUUGAAGAAUUCCACCAGAGCCGCGGCCUGACUGCGUGGGUCAGCUCACUCAGCAUGGGCAUCACCUUGAUUGUGGGACCCUUCAUCGGCUUGUUCAUUAACACUUGUGGGUGUCGCCAGACGGCAAUCAUCGGAGGGCUGCUGAACUCGCUCGGCUGGGUGCUGAGUGCCUAUGCGGCGAACGUGCACUACCUCUUUAUUACCUUUGGAGUGACAGCUGGCUUUGGAAGCGGGAUGGCCUACCUGCCGGCCGUGGUCAUGGUGGGAAGGUACUUUCAGAAGAGACGCGCCCUUGCCCAGGGCCUCAGCACCACCGGGACGGGGUUUGGCACCUUCUUCAUGACGGUUUUGCUGAAGUACUUGUGCAGGGAGUACGGCUGGCGGAAUGCGAUGUUCAUCCAAGGCGCCGUGUCCUUAAACUUGUGUGUUUGCGGGGCGCUCAUGAGGCCCCUCUCUCCUGGGACGGAGCGCGGCGACCCGGGAGGGAAAGACGCACAGGUAGUCCUGGCUCACUCCCCUGGAUCGAAGUCCAGUGGGCAGCUGGGCGGAGCAGAAGAGGAGUGUGGCGGGCCCGGGAAUGAGGAGACCCUCGGUGACCCCCCCAGCGAGGCGUGCCAAGAGAAGGCGGGGCGCAGACGGAACCUGGGCGCCUUUCGGGUUCUGAAGACGGCGAGCCAGCUGACCAGGAGAGUCAAGAAGGGCUUCCGAGACUGGUACUCGGGCUAUUUUGGAGCAGCCUCACUCUUUACUAAUCGAAUGUUUGUCGCCUUUAUUUUCUGGGCUUUGUUUGCCUACAGCAGCUUUGUUAUCCCUUUCAUCCACCUCCCAGAAAUAGUCAAUUUGUAUAAUUUAUCCAAGCAAAACGACAUUUUCCCUCUGACCUCAAUUAUAGCAAUAGUGCACAUACUUGCAAAAGUGGUCCUGGGCGCUGUGGCCGACUUGCCUUGCAUCAGCGUUUGGAAUGUCUUCCUGAUGGCCAACUUCACCCUCGUCCUCAGCAUUUUUAUCCUGCCGUCGAUGCACACGUACGCCGGCCUGGCGGUCAUCUGCGCACUGAUAGGGUUUUCUAGCGGUAAUUUCUCCCUAAUGCCCGUAGUGACUGAAGACUUGGUGGGGAUCCAGCACCUGGCCAACGCCUACGGCAUCAUCAUCUGUGCCAAUGGCAUCUCCGCGCUGCUCGGACCACCGUUUGCAGGUUGGAUCUAUGACAUCACAGAAAAAUAUGAUUUUUCCUUCUAUAUAUGUGGCUUACUCUACCUGGUAGGAACACUCUUUUUACUCAUUCAACCGUGUAUUCAAAUUAUCGAACAAUCCAGAAAAAAAUACAUGGAUGGCACACAUGUUUAGUGUCAUGUUAUGUUUCCCAUAAGAUUUCUUUGUGGAACUGAUGCCUACCUCACGUGGUUGCGGUGAGGAUCCUGUGACAUUGUGAAGAAGCCCUUUGUGUGGUAAUUGGCACUGUCAUUUGUAAAUGCCAUGGUCAGGACUUGUUUCGAAAGCCGCACUGCUUUUCCGUUUGGGAAGAAGCGUUGCUGGGAGGUAUUGAAGCCUGAGUAUGUUUUAGAGACACAAUCCCUCAAAGACAGCCUGUUAAAGAGUCGGUAGAAAUGCCCUUACAACUAUUCUCUCCCAUCAUCCCCUGGGACUGAGGUUUUAGAUAUAGUUUUAAAAACAAACGGGGGAAAUCUUUUCAACUCAACUACUUUUUGUAAGGUGAAAAUUAACGAAAUGCUUUUGGAAAGCUUACAGAGGAAUGGAUUUCAAGCACAAGACUAUAACUAGGUUUCGGACUUGUUACGGGGGCUGUUGAUCUACUAGUGGACAGCAAAGGCAGGCUCUAACUUCAAAGGUAACACAUUUAGUACAAUUAAAGAAACACACUUUAUACUUUUAUGAAAGAAUGCUGCAGCUGGGGAGUAGAGUUUAUAAAUCUUCCUCUAGGCAAAGUAUCUGCCAUCGAUCCUAAUUCAAGAUUAUCUAGUUGUAAACUGAACCUUAAGACAAAACGUAGAUAAAUAAUCAUGAUUUCCUUAGUGAGAAGUCGUAUUUGUCACACAAACAUUGAAUCAAGGGUUAUGAUUCAAGCACUUUUAUUCAUGUCAUUGGCCUCUUCGUUUUUAAGCAUGAUCUGGGGUUUAUAAAAAUUUUUUCUGAAUUUCUUCCACCCAAUAAACAAAACAAAGAAGUAA